AUGGGGCGGAACAAGGAUAGUAAAGUAACACAGUUUUCAUGUCCAGUUUGCAAGUCAGUUGUAAAACCUAAAAAUAAUCAAGCAACUAUUGGGGAAUGGUCAGCGGCACUUCAAAAUAAUCUUAUUCUAUCAAUUAUGAUUGCAAGACAUAGAGACGAUAAACAACAGGACUGUGGGGCUUGUAAAAGACACCAACAUCAGUCUGUGGCUAAGUUCUGGUGCAACGAAUGCGAUGAAACGUUCUGUGAAAAAUGUAAUACAAUGCACAGCUGGAUGAAGCUUUCCUCAACACAUCUUGUGGUUGAGCUUGAAGAACUGGAAUCUAAUACAUCCGGAAUCGACUUGCAUGCGGUCUCAGAACAAUGCAAAACUCACUCAACAAAUAAAAUCGAAGCUUUUUGUCUCAAUCACGAACAACUAUGCUGUAUUCAAUGCGUCUCUUUGAACCACAGGUGCUGUGAAAAUGUUAAAACGAUCGAAGAAAUCAACAGUUCACACGACGUUUGCGACAACACUCUUCAUGAUAAACUGGAAAGCAUAAAAUAUGCAGCAAUUAAACUUUUAAAAGAAAAGGAACAACAGAAAAGUAAUUUUAAAGCUAUGACCGAUAACACGGAAGAAGAAGCUACACAGUGUCUUGAAAUGGUAAAAUCUAGCCUAGACCGUUUAUUUGAAACAUUUAGGAAACAGUUGCACUUAUUUCGUGACGAUGAAAAUACUAGUUUCAACAUUCGAAUACGUUUACUGGAACAAUUAAUUGCAAGUCUAGACCACUGGAUGAAGGUUGACAGAGUUGUUAGAGAGUUGGGGACAGGAAAACAAUAUUUUAUCCAUGUUGACACAUUGAAGAAGCAACUCAAGGCAAGUGUUCGUCAAAUAGACAAAGCCAUCAGGAACGAUCACUUAAUUGACCUCAAAUUCGUAAAGAAUGAAAUAUUACAGCAUUUUGAAACAACAGAAAAUAUAGGUAGAUUUGAGAAAAUUGAGAAAAACGAUUUAGCUGGCCAAGCAGAUGAUAUAUACAAGUGCUGUAAAGUAUUAGGUGUUAAACUUAAUCCUGAAUAUGAGGAUGUACGAGUCGAAUUAGUUGAGACUUUUCACAUCAAUGAUUCAGAUUUAUACUGCGGAGUUUGUAUCGGAAAUGACCACAUUGUUCUUGGUACCAGUUCGGAGCAACUUCAGAUAGUUGACAAAAAAACUGGAAUUGUUGUUACAAAUACGACUGAGUUAAGCGGGGAUCCUCGCCGUUUGUGUUACGACAAAGAACAAAAAAUAAUAUUUAUCUCGUCUUCAUCCAACAAUUUGUACAAAGCAGAAAUAGGAUGCGACACCAUUAAAGAACCAAAGUUGCUUACUUUUAAUAACGAUUGUGUGGGAGCAUUGUGUAAAUACCGUGAGGACAUUUAUAUAGUGGUAGAUAAUGCCAUUAAAAAAUUCUCCUCGACUGCAAGCCCUGACUAUUCAGAGGAAAUGACAUAUGUCAUUGCUGUAAAUACAGAUUGCGGUGUCAAUGGCAUGCAUAUCUAUCGCAGAAAUAUUAUUGUUACUACCAAAAAUAAUGAAAUUAAAUGCCUGACACUUCAAGGAGAUGAAGUGUACUGCUUUGACGACGAAGAAAUUGAAACAAUAGAAAGCAUUACCGUUCUGCCAUCAGGUUUAACUUUAUUUGUUAAUCGAACUAACGAAGGAUCAUUGCAUGUUCUCUCUGAAGACGGUACCAGCCACAGAAGAAUUCUUGACAAGUUUGACAGUAUUAAAGAACCUUGCGAUAUCUUUUUAGACAAUGACGAUGACGAAACAUUUUUUGUUGUUGGUGGAGAGUACAUGGAGAAGUACAGAAUUACAACUAACAACAAGUAA